AUGCCGCGGGAAAUAGUGACACUGCAGGUGGGGCAGUGUGGCAACCAGUUGGGUUUAGAAUGCUGGAAGCGGUUGCUGGCUGAGCAUGGCAUCCAGCCGCGGGUAAUCUCCAAGGGCAAGACGACAGGAGGAGUCGCCUUCCAGGAGAAGACAAAAGGGGGCGACAUUAAAGGUGGUGAUCUACAGGGAAUGAUGGCGGUAGGGGAGGUGGAUGAUCGUAAGGAUAUCAUGUUCUAUGAGGCGGACUCAGGCGACUAUAUAGCCAGGACGGUGUUGCUAGAUUUGGAGCCGCGUGUUGUGCAUGCUGCUCAGGUCUCCACCUGCGGACCCGCCUUCAAUCAGGAAUCCGUCUGGGUCAGUCUUGAAGGUGGCGGCGCUGGCAACAUUUGGGCCUCCGGAUUUGCCCAGGCCCAUCGCAAUGCAGAUGCCAUCCUCGAUAUUCUGGAUCGCGAGCUUGAACUAUGUGACAAUCUAGAAGCAUUCCAACUUUUACACUCCAUGGCCGGAGGUACCGGCUCUGGCAUGGGAUCCUUCAUGCUCGAAGCCCUCCGCGAUCGCUUCCCCAAAAAACUGAUGCUCACUUACAGCGUUUUGCCGCUGCUCGACAAGUCCUUGUCAGACGUGGUGGUACAGCCGUAUAACGCGAUACUGACCCUUGCACGACUAAUUGAGCACGCGGACGGUUGUAUUCUAUUGGACAACACAGCGCUAAACCGGUUGGCGACGGAGCGGCAGCGGUUGGAGCGUCCGUCAUUUGCGCACACGAACUACUUGGUGGCAACGGUCAUGGCGACUUUAACCGGUUCGAUCCGGUUCCCUUCGUACACGAGUAAUUCGUUAACGUCAGUGUUGGCGAAUGUGGUGACUAGUCCUUUAAACCACUUUUUGGUUUCGAGUAUAGCACCUCUGGAGAGUGAGGAUUUUGGAGCCAAUGUGGUGCGCAAGACGUCGGUGCAUGACGUGCUACGGCGUUGCUUCCAGCCGAACAAUUUCAUGGUAACUCUCCCACCUAGGCUGGGCCGUUACCGCUCCUUAAUGUGCUUCGUCCGAGGCGACCCUGCCCCUUUGGAGCUCACGGAGACCCUCGAACGCAUACGCAAGUCGAACGCCUUCGACUAUGGCCCAACCGCCGGUGGGGAGAAGAAUGGUUUCGAGAUCAACAGUAUAUCUCUAACCAGGCCCUCCCCUUAUCUAAAACGCUCCCGAGUCUCCGGCCUCAUCCUCAGCCAUCACUCCGGCCUACGGGAUACACUACGGAGAUGCACAGACCAAUUCGACGUUCUACUCCGCCGCCAAGCCUUCCUAGACAACUACCGACGCGAACCAAUGUUCGCGAGUGACCUCGCCGAGUUCGAACGCGCUCGAGAAGUAGUAGAAACUAACAUUGACUCACUUGAAGACUAA